AAGUAGUAUCAUUGUGAGCUUCAGCAACAGAUGGCGAAGGCAGGAGCGUUUAGCCGCGGUUCAAAUCUGUCAGGGUGGAGGUUCUGAUGGCAGAGUCCCGACCUACUUCCUGACUUUUGGUUUCUAAAGGAUUUGGAUUUGGAAAAUAACCAAAACAUCCGAUUUUUACAUGUUAUUUCCUCUUUAUAGUUGUUUUUUUAAAAUUUGGUUUUAGUUCAGAUUUCUGCUGGAGGCCUCAAAAGCCUCGGAGUAGAUUUGGCGAUCCAAGGAGUCCGGCAUCAGGAGACGUCUGCAGUAUUGCUCGUAAAGUUUCCUAAAAAAAUGUGUUUGACCAUUUGUGUUGUUUUUAGGUGUUACGGUUUCGCUUUAUAAAGUUGGUUGUGUUCGCGUCACAGCAAAAGGUGGAACUAAUGCGGAGUAAGUUUUUAAGUUAAGGAGACAAGCUAACUGUUUAGCUACAUAGCAACGAACUGGAUGAAUGAAUGAAGCAGCUCGCGACUGCCUGGAUUUAAAAGGAGAAACUGAGUUCAUUAUCACUACAAGUUUAUGUCACGUUUUCCUACAAGGCGCCACUGAUUUUCUUUACUCGGGAGAACAUUUAUGGGCAAGUGUUCCUCGACUGUUUCACCGGUUUCCCACAAAUGAACAGGAAUGCUUGGCUUGGGAGUGGAUGGGCAGCGGCAGUGUAGCACGCGAAGAUAGCGCUGUGUCGGUGCUACGUCUCCUGAUGUUUAUUAGGAAGGGCGAGGUCAGCUUUAGCUAGCUACGAAUAUAUAUAUAUGCACUACUCGGACUUGUCAGCGAUAAGUGUGAAGCUUACGCCCAGAGUUGGGAAUGGGGAACACGGUGUCAUGCUGCGUCUCUCCGGAGUCGAGUCCCAAACUCCCUUCGAGGCAACCCGCGGAGCGGCUGGAGGAGUUCACCAGCACCGAGGUGAGCGACGACAACACCGGGCCCUAUCUGCAGCACAUAAGCGACAGGGAGGUCCCUGAUGAGCUGGCUUUGGAAUUUAAUCCAUCGGACCACGCCCGAGCGAGCACCAUCUUCCUCAGCAAGUCCCAGACAGACGUGCGCGACAAGAGAAAAAGCAACCACAUAAACCAUAUCAAUCGUGUUUCUCCCGGUCCGCUGUUGAAGAAGUACAGCUCCUGUUCUACCAUCUUCAUAGACGAUAGCACCGUGAGCCAGCCAAACCUCAAAAGCACAAUUAAAUGCGUCACUUUAGCAAUAUACUACCACAUCAAAAACAGGGACUCUGACAGGUCACUGGACAUCUUUGAUGAGAAGUUGCACCCUUUAUCAAAGGAGCCGGUCCCAGACGACUACGCGUACGUCGACCCAGAGCACAAACUCAUCUAUCGAUUCGUCAGGACGCUCUUCAGCGCUGCACAGCUCACCGCUGAAUGUGCCAUCGUCACACUCGUCUACUUAGAACGUUUGCUGACGUACGCAGAGCUGGACAUUUGUCCGGCCAACUGGAAGCGGAUCGUCCUGGGAGCCAUCCUGUUGGCCUCCAAAGUCUGGGACGACCAGGCGGUGUGGAACGUCGACUACUGCCAGAUCCUUAAAGACAUCACCGUGGAGGACAUGAAUGAAAUGGAGCGCCAGUUCCUGGAACUUCUCCAGUUUAAUAUCAACGUGCCAGCCAGUGUUUACGCCAAGUAUUACUUUGACCUGCGGCAGCUGGCCGACGACAACAACCUCAACUUCCCGCUGGAGCCCCUCAACAACCAGCGCGCUCAGAAACUAGAGGCCAUUUCAAGACUGUGUAAAGACAAGUACAAGGAUCUGAGUAAAGCAGCGCUGAGACGCUCCAUCAGCGUAGACAACCUGAUAGGUGUGCGGCACUCAAACGCCGUACUCUCCUAGCCCCGCCCCCCAGCCCAUCCACCUGCAGCACAACCGACACCGGACAAACCCACAGAGUCCUCGCAGCCGCAUCAGACGGGGUUCUGCCUGCAAACGCCUUAGCAUGGUGGUGGUUCGCUGCCGCUUCACAGCUGCGCCUCCGAUGAAGCUGAAAUUAUGGCUCCAGAGUAAACCAGAGUAAAGCCGUCCUUUUCACAGAUCUAUUAUUUAUUUCCCACCAAAACUCUCUUUUCCCCAGAAACAGUGUUUAAAAGACAAAAAAAACAAAACAGAAGGAGCGCUAGAUUUUUAAUUUGUCACAAAAACAGCAUCAGUAGAAAAAAAAAAGUUCAGUCUGUUCUGCCUCGACAGACGAGGUUUUGGUUGAUUUUUAAUAUUUUGGUUUCUGUGAACAAACCUCUAGAAGGUAUUUGUACUUGCUUAGGUCAACCUGUGAGGUUAUUCAGCCUUCAGAAAACUUAUAUCUGCAACAGCAAAGUCUGUACAACAAACCCCGUAAUAUCUCAACAGGAGACACAAUAUUCCCUUGGUGAAUAAGAAAACCCCAUCUCUCUAUCUUUUAUUUUAUUUUACGGCCUACUUUUUUCAGAAUCAUAUCAAAUUAGUGUUGGAAAUAUUUUCUUUUUGGUUUGUUACUACGUUUUUACAAACAGAUUUUACCUGUUUGGCACCAUUUGAAAGGUAAAAUUCAUAUCUUAAUUGUAUCCAAAUAUAUUCACAGACUAUUUAUUGUACCAUUGAUCCUCAGGUAUGGGUAUUAAGAAUAGCUGCACAGCACUGAGAAAUAUCAGGUGUGAAUGUUUUUUGGAAUAAUUGGAUGUUAGUUUUAACUUUUUCUGAAAAUGCUCAUCUUAUCAUUUUAAUUGGGAUAGCUAAAGAUGUAUUUUGUAUUAUAUAGUACUUGUAAAACAAAGUGUUGAAUUAUCCGUAAUUAAUAUUCUAUGUAUUUAUAUCUUUUGGUGGUCGUGAUCAAAAGUUCUCCUGGCUUUCUAAAGGCCUUGACAUUUUCAGUCCUCUUGUUAGAAGAGUAGCAGGAUUUCAUUUCUUAAGCCACGUAACACUGAUAACCUCAAGAUAAAAAGAGCUUAAGCGAAUUUGAUAAGUUCUCCGAAUAGUUUACUGGUCAGCUGGAUUAGUUACUAGUAUCAAGGUGUGUCUAUGCUUUCAAAAGUUAGUACUUCCAAACUACUGAAACUGACUGGUCAUUCCUAGAUACAUCUCUUGCUCACAAGUCAGAUAUCAGUUUUUCACUUUUGAACUUUGAACUUCUGUUCAGAAGAGUAAUCAUUGACCUUUCAAAACAUCCUUUAAAUUUAUUUGACCACUUUCAGGGAACUGAAGAGGUUAGAAAUCCAUCAGCUAGCUAGAAUGUUAGCUGGAUAGCUGAAGGCCUUAACUAGCUCAUUUAAAGUACUAAAUAGCUAGCUAAGUAGCUAACUCAAGAUAAACUAGCCACCUGGCUAGAAAGAUAACAUGAUAGCAAGCUUACUAGUUAUCAUGUUGGAAAGAUAACAUGAUAGCUAGUGUACUAGUUAUCUUUCUAGCCAAUUAGCUAAAAAGAUGAUAGCUGUCUAGCUUACUUGCUAGGUGGCUAGUUAGCUAGGUGUGUAUUUCUUGUCUAUGUAUAAUAAAUAAUACAUCACAAUAUCAGUGUUUUCACAAACAACUGGUUGGAUGCAUAUUUGAUAGGCUUUUAUAUUCCAAGACUUUCAUCCUCUGAUUAUUGGUUACAUAUAAAACAUAUGAUGCAGCUCUUCAGCAGCUGCGAUCCUAAAGCUCCCAGAGACUGGUGGAGGCUGUAUGGGGGAUCAAGGAAGAGUCUGGGGAAAAUGUGAGUUAAUCAUUGUUGGAAAUUGCUGUCACAAUAUUCAGAUGCUGUAUUGCAUUUUAAUUUGCUCCAGAUAUUAUGCAGCUUGAUUAUUUUAUCAAUGUGGAAAUAACUGUUGCGUUUCUAUUUGGAAUAAUUGCGUCAUGUUGUGCACUACUGUUAAAGCUGUCUUAUACUGUAACACUUUGAAAGUUUAUCAUCCUAGGGUAGGAGAGUCUGAUUCCAGCCCAUGCCCUGUUCAGUGUUAUGUGGCUUAAAAAAUAAUUGACUUUGCUGGGAAAAUAGUCUGGACUAAAGCAAGACCUCCAAAAUACUGUAGGGCUUUCAGAAAGACCCAUGAACUGUGAUCAAGACCACUUUAAAAUCAUUCUCAAAGAUAAAUAUAACAUACAGAGCUAUUAGGGAUAACUCAAGACUACACUAAAGUACAUUUGAGCUGAAAUUUUAAAUGUUUUAGGUAAUCUGAACUGAACAUGUCUUAUGACAGGAUCUUACUGGUAACACUCCAGAUGGUUGGAGUGAUCAAAGCUUCAGUCAGCUGUUGUGCGUCAGAAGUCAGAACUGCCAAUUGUGGAAUUUGUUGUAAUGCCAUCUAUACAUCUGUACCUUUUUGGAUGAUCAAAUGCUACUGAUUAUAGAUCAGUACUGCUACUGACUGGACAGGCGGGGGGUCUCCCCUUCCUCACCCCCAAUCCAGCUUUUGUUUCAAAGCCCCUCAGAUCUCACCAUCGACAGAAACCUCCCAACCCUUUGUUCAAAAACACGACAUAGAUACAGAGGGAACAAAUGACUGAUGGACAACCCUCUCCUUUUUGCUUACUAUGUAGGCUACUAGCUGUGAAAUUAUUCUUUUUAAUGGAAAGAAGAAUUUGCAAAUGGAGUAUUUUAAAUAAACACUAAUCAUGUGACAAAUACAUGCGGUGCUGAUUAUUUUUACUCUUAAAAUGUCAAAAAAAAACAAAAGACUAAAGCUAUGUGGGAUUAAUAACUGGUAUAAAACAUCUGGUCCCAGUCACAACAGCAGCAGAGCUGGUAUGUGUUCUUUGCUCUUGUGAAUGUAAUAAUCUCAGGGGGAAAAAAUCACACAAUGUGGCAAAACUCAAAGCCAACUGUUUUUAAUUCCACAACAAGAAUUUCAGAUCUACAGUUAAGUUUAUAAUUUCCCUUGAAAAUAUCUGACGUUGAAAGCGGAGGUACGGUAAGCUAACUGAACCCAAACACCUGCUGCCCUCUAUUCACAUUGCGUUCUUUCACACACCAGACAGAGCAGCGGCCUCACACUGCAGGCUGUGAAACAUAAUAAACCAGUCAUAAAGACAUUAAUCAAUUUUAUCCACACUACGUGUUGUAUUUUUUUCCUUUUAAAAUACCUUUUAGUUCUUCACUUCAUAGACUGGGAGCACUCAAAAAGAUUUUGUGGUUCUUGAGCGGCAGUGUGAGGAACAUUUUCAAACUCUUGAAAUUUAUCAGCUGAGUAAUAUUACAGCAUCAGCUGUGUUAAUGGUGUCCAAAGUAUUUCAGAAAUUUUUAAACUGGCUUCUCUGAAAUAGCCAUCGAUUCACUACUCAAAGAUUUUUGCCGAUGUUAGGGGAUUGCAGUUGUCAUUUUUCUAUGCUCGUUAUCAUAUUAAAAAUAAAUCAGUGUUACGGAGGUUGUUGGUUUGGCAGAAAAAAAAAAUAUUAAAAUUUAAAUAUUCAGCUAAGCCCAAAAAUAUUCACACCCCUCAUGGAUUUUACCAACUUGUUUGUUAACAAUUAUAGGAACGUUUUUUAUGCAGACUUUUCCAUUGUUUAAAAGUGUGAAAAAAAAAUGAAAUAAACCAUUUCUUUUUUCAAACCUGAUCCUUUUUUUCUGUUUACAUUGUUUCAUUAUCAGAAACAAAAUACUUGGCUGAAUUAAAAGUACAACGUAAAACCCACAUCUACCACGCGUAUGAAUACUUUUGAGCUUUAUUGUAAAUUGUAGACUUGUGUCUAAAAUUUUAACACGUCUUGUUGAAUCACUGCAAGCUUGUCCGGCAGGCUGCGGAGGUUUGAGUUCGAGUUCCUCGUCUAGAGAAAACACGAAGCGAGCAGCUCCAUUGUGAACCAGUAGGGGGGGCUAAAGACCGAGUCCCUUUUAUUUAAAAUCUCGUUGCCUUUGAUCAUUAUUGUGCGUUUCUUCACACAACACAGACAGAACUGGCUCUCCUUUCACAAAGACACUUUAAUGAGUUCACAGAACUAAAGAGGUCGUGUUAGAGCGCACUAUACAGAUGAAACAAAGGAAGUUCCUAGUCACAGUAAUAAAUUUCCAAGAGCAUAUUCAGUUUGGAUUCACACGGAGCACCACCACUCUAACAUCGAGCUACAACAUCACAUUUAUGGACAAUUAUUUGUUUCUGUGGCCUCUUAUACAUAGCUUGGCAGUAUGUUGGGAUUUGUUUUUUUUUUUUUU